AUGGCUGCCAGCCGAGCCUCUCCACCUAUUGCUGCUGUUCCAGCCUCUCCUGCUAUAGCGGCUGGCCCAGCAUCUCCACCUAUGGCUGCCGGCCUACUCUCUCUUGCUAUGGCUGCCGGCCCAGCAUCUUCACCUAUAGCUGCCACCUCAUCUUCUGAAGCUAUGGCUGCCGGCCCAGCAUCUCCAUCUAUAGCUGCCGGCCUUUCUGCUAAAGCUAUGGCUGCCGGCUCAGCCUCUCCACCUAUGCUUGCCAGACCAGCCUCUCCACCUAUGCUUGCCAGCCCAGCCUUUCCAUCUAUGGUUGCCGGCCCAGCAUCUCCACCUAGGGCUGCUGGCCCAGCCUCUCCUGCUAUGGCUGCCGGCCCAGCAUCUCCACCUAUGGCUGCCGGCAUAGCCUCUCCUGCUAUUGCUGCCGGCCCAUCUGCUGAAGCUUUGACUGCCGGCCCAUCUGCUGAAGUUUUGGCUGCCGGCCCAUCUGCUGAAACUUUGGCUGCCGACCCAGCAUCCCCACCUAUAGCUGCCGGUUCAUCUGCUGAAGCUAUGGCUGCCGGCCCAGCAUUUCCACCAAUGGUGGCCGAAACAGCCUCUCCUGCUAUUGCUGCCGGUCCAUCUGCUGAAGCUUUGACUGCCGGCCCAGCAUCUCCACCUAUAGUUGCCAGUCCAUCUGCUGAAGCUAUGGCUGCCGGCCCAGCAUCUUCACCUAUGGCUACCGGCCCAGCCGCUCCACCUUUGGCUGCUGGGACAGCCUCUCAACCUGUGGCCGCUGUCCUAUCCUCUUCUGCUAUGGCUGUCGGCCCAGCAACUCCAGCUAUGGCUGCUGGCCUAGCCUCUCUACCUUCGUAUGCUGGCCCACUUGCUCCAGCUAUUGCUGCUGGCACAGCCUCACCACCUAUGGCUGCUGGCCCUGCCUCUCCAGCUAUGGCUGCCGGCCCACCCACAUCUGCUAUGGCUUUCGGCCCGGCUCCAAAACCAAAACGGAUAAAGACUGAAGCCCAAAAUGCAAAAGAUAUUGCCAUUUGGCAAAAAGCUGCCCUUGGGGCCCACGACCAAAUCCACAACGAUGGCAACACCAACAGCCAUGGCAAGACCAACAGCCAUGGCAAGACCAACAGCCAUGGCAAGACCAACAGCCAUGGCAAGACCAACAGCCAUGGCAAGACCAACAGCCAUGGCAAGACCAACAGCCAUGGCAAGAGCAACAACAGCCACGACAGCAGCCACAACCAUGGCAACAUCAAUCAUGGGAACAACAACAACAGCAACAGCCAUGGCAGCAGCCACAACCAUGGGAACAACAAGAACAACACCAGCAAUUCGCCACUGACUCUUACCCAGUGA